UAUUGUGAGCUCCAAUAAGCUAAUUAAGCUACUAUAUAUAGCCAUAACUCUUUAAUUAAAAUCAUAUCCCAAUCAUAGAAAUUUCUUACAAACUCUUCCACUUAUAUCAAAGAUUCUAUAAACAAAAAAAAUAUGGGUAGUAUUGAAGGAGAGAAACAAGCUAAGAUACACAUACUAUGCAUACCAUAUCCAGCACAAGGCCAUAUAAGUCCUAUGCUUAAACUAGCCAAACUCCUCCAUUCUAAAGGUAACCACAUUACUUUUGUCAACACUGAGUACAACCAUCGUCGUCUACUCCGUGCUAGGGGACCUAACUCCCUUGAAGCUCUUUCGUCCUUUCGAUUCGAGUCCAUCCCUGACGGUCUCCCUCCCUCUGAUGCCGAUGCCACCCAAGAUAUCCCCACCCUAUGUCAUGCUGUUAUGAACUACUUCCUUGAGCCCUUUAAGGAGCUUGUUUCGAGGCUUACUAAUGAUCCUUCCCCGGGUUCUCCACCAGUCACGUUGAUCAUAUCGGAUUGUGUCAUGCCUUUCACUCUUGAUUCUUCACAACAACUUGGUGGUAUCCCGUUGGUAUGGUUGUGGACUGCUAGUGCAAAUGGUUUUUUGGGAUAUUCUCAGUAUGGUACACUUAUUGAUAAGGGAAUCGUGCCCUUUAAAGAUUCCAAUUUCGCAACAGACGGCUCCUUAGACAUGGUCGUGGAUUGGGUGCCUAGCUUGAGAGGUAUACAAUUAAAAUAUAUUCCAACCUUUAUCCGUACCACAAACAAAGAUGACAUUAUGUUAAAUUUCCUAAAAUUCACAACUGAAAGAGCUGCUAAAUCUUCAGCACCAAUUAUUUUUAACUCAUUUGAUGCAUUGGAGCAUGAUGUUCUUGAGGAUAUAUCGAAAAUAGUAGUUGGUCCGAUAUACAACAUCGGACCAAUGCAAUUGCAACUAAAUAAUGUGUCUGAUGAUGUCGCGGUCAAGUCCUUAGGGUCUAACCUAUGGAAGGAGGAUUCGACUUGCUUUGAGUGGCUUGACUCAAAGAAGCCAAAAUCUGUUGUUUAUGUAAGUUUCGGGAGUAUCACAACUAUGACAAAUGAAAAUCUUAUUGAAUUUGCAUGGGGUCUUGCCAAUAGUAAGCACCCCUUUUUGUGGAUUCUUAGGCCAGAUAUUGUAACUGGUGAUUCCGCUGUUAUACCACCUGAAUUCCUAGCUGAAACAAAAGAUCGAGGUCUAGUGACUAGUUGGUGUGACCAAGAAAAAAUCUUAUACCAUCCAUCAAUUGGCUCAUUUUUGACACAUUGUGGGUGGAACUCGACACUAGAUACUAUAUGUAGCGGGGUGCCUAUUAUGUGUUGGCCUUUCUUCGCGGAACAACAAACCAAUUGUUGGUUUAGUUUCGAGAAAUGGGGUAUAGGCAUGGAGAUCGACAACGAUGUUAGGAGAAGUGAGGUUGAGAGACAAGUGAGAGAGCUUAUGGAGGACAAAAGGGGGGAAGAAAUGGCAAGUAAAGCAUUGGAGUGGAAAAAAUUAGCUGAAGAAGCAUUAGCAACUCCAAGUGGUUCAUCCUACUUAGACUUUGAAAAAUUAGUCAACCAAGAGGUUCUUUCUCUCAAAAAAAUCAAGUAGCAAAUCCUAGCAAUCAUAAAAUUGAGCAAGCAAGCUCAUAUGCCUAGUUGAUUAUUGGAUGAAUUAAAUGAAUAAAUUAUGUUUCUGUUAUCUUUGAUACAGCUAUUUCUUUGGAGGCAAACUUGUGCCAAUUUGUUUUAUUUCAAAAAAGUAUCUAAUGAGAUUCGUUUAUGGAGUUGUAAGGUUU